AUGCAACGGGGUCCCCCACACAUCCCAGAGCACUCUGUGGAGGUCCCUGGGGCCGUGAAUUACUCCCCGGGGGUGAUACUCUGCCUCGCCACCGGGUUUUUGCAUCCGCAGGCGAGGAAGCAGCGGCUGGAGUUCCCCUACGGCCCGAGACGGGGCUUCCAGUUCCGACCGCAGCACCGUGGGACAUGGAGCGCAAAGCCAAACCCGACCGUGGAGCGGGCAGAGCUGUGCUCAGGGUCUCCUGCGCGGACGGACGCCAUCGCACGGGAGGCCAGGCAGCAGCCCGUGUACCAGCAGUCGCCCUAUGGACCCUGCCACUAUGAGAUGAAGCAGUUCCUGGAAUGUGCUACCAACCAGAGAGACCUGACCCUGUGCGAGGGCUUCAACGAGGCUCUGAAGCAGUGCAAGUACAGCAAUGGUGAGUCUGUGCCCCGUCCCUGCAGGAGGGCUGGGCACUGA